GCCAAACUUGCAUCGCAAGGAGGAGGCCAAGUAACCCAUGGCACUAUUCCUGGAGUACGCCAUCUUCGGCGCCUUGAUUGCGUGCAACCUCUCCCUGGGGUUGUACUUUUCCUGUCGGAAGACUAGCGCAGGAGUCGAGACGCGUGCAACAACGGCCGAAGUGUUUCUCGGAAGUCGACUGCUGAAGACCAUUCCUCUGGCGGCCUCAUCGGUGGCGUCGCUCUUUUCUUCGACGGGACUCGUCGGCUUUCCCGCACACUACUACGCAUACGGCUGGCACACGUCCUGGUGCUACGUAAUGCCACUGGUGUUUAUACCAUUGUCCACCCACGUGUUCGUCCCAGUGCUGUACCGCCUUCGAAUAACGUCCAUAUUCGAGUACAUUCGUCUGCGUUUCAACGCCACCAUUUCACUGACGGCAUGUGCGAUCUACAUUUUCUUUACGCAAAGCGUUGGGGCGAUCUCCAUUUUUGCCGCAUCGCUCACGCUUGUAACGGUUUUCAAGACGCCACUUUUUUGGUGCAACAUAUUUAUCGGACUGUCGGGGACACUUUACACAUUCCUGGGAGGACUUCGAGGAGUGGUGUGGACUGACUGCAUGCAAUUCAUGAUUGCGCUGCUUGCCCCAAUGGCCGUUGUAGCGAAGAUCUUUAUCGAUGCUUCUGCACCCAAUUCUACAAUCCAACCGCUCACCGGUACAGAUGUCGCAAAAUAUAUCGGCAACUACAGCUUUGAUCUGACCAGUGACGAAACAAUUUGGGCCUGUUCCUUGGGAACCUCGGCUAUGGCGAUCUACCGCGUAUGUUGGGAUCAAGUUGUUGCUCAACGGCUGCUGGCAUCUCGAACACUCAAGGACGCUCAAAGGACCGCCAAGACAAGCGCCCUGCUUCUCGUGCUGAUAUAUUUCACAGGUCUCUUCUUGGGAGUAGCUUUAACAGUUUGGUUUCGGGGCUGUGACCCAACAUUGCUGGGAGAAAUUUCCAGCAUAGAUCAAAUUGUGCCCUAUUAUAUCCACACAUACCUGAUGCACGUUCCUGGACUUUCUGGAUUAUUUCUCGCUGGUAUCGUGAGCGCUGCAACAAGUACAGUGUCCUCGACAGUGAAUUCCCAAGCUGCUAUUUUAUACGUGGAUGUCAUUGCACAUCGAUACAAAAAUGCUGAGAACCACGUGCUGUGGAUUACACGUGGCAACGCUUUAGGUUUGGGCAUUCUAAUGACCCUCUACAGCAUGCUCUGCGCACGUAUGGGCUCUGUGACGAGGGCUUUCUUGAUGGUUUACAAUGGCAUCACAGCACCAUUUGUAGGAUUGUGUCUGCUGGCUGUUUUGUUUCCAUUUGUUCACUCAAAGGGUGCUGGCGUGGCAACGCUUUCAAUGGUCAUCUACCAACUUUGCCACAUAACGACAAUCAUUCGAAGUGGACGAAGGCCUCCCAGAAUGGAAGCAUCGCUCGACAGCUGCCCAGGAAAUGAAAGCAGCAUUGUUUCAGCCAUAAAUGCUACAUUUGUGGACACGCACACAGACCUCGAAGAACCAUUUGUUCUGUUUCGCAUGUCGUAUCUGUGGACUAGCUUUUUUGCUAUAUUUGCAACGGUUAUAAUUGGUGUUGCUGUGAGUGCUGUUACAGGUGAAAUGAAGAACACAAAAUGGCAACGUCAUCUUUGUUGUGAUCGGGCUGUCGCCGGUGUUAGUAGCAUCUCUGUCGCACCGGUGCCCUCGAGCGGUGGAUUGGAGCGGCUGAACAACCCACAGGCUGCUCAGACCGAGUUCCAAGCGAUGACGCGUGACUUCCACAUGAUAAGCGAUGUCCGACAAUUUGGAAGAGACCAGGAAGUGCACGAACACGACAGCGGCAACAGUGACAGUCCCAGUGUCGUCAACAACGAUCGUGCUCCAGCACCCUAG